AUGGAGGGGUGCAAAAGUAGGAUGUGUUCAUGGUGGAUGACUUCUUCUUCUAAAAUUCUUUUUGGGCUUAUGGUGCCAUUGAUUGUGGUUACUGGGCUGGUGGCUUUGAUGGGUUCAAGCUCUUCCAAUUGGCUGUUCAAGUCAAAUUACUAUCCUUGGGUGAGUAGUGCUCCUUUUGCUGGUAACUUGAAUUUAAGUGCUGCUUUGUCGACGCCCAAGGACGGCGGAGUGAGGUUGGAUUUGCGGUGGAGGGUGGUGGGUGGUGGAGAAAGAGAGGAUGCGCGUUCAGAUGACUACGGUCUCAACCGCUCCGCUUCGCCACCGCUUGCCGUUGAAACCAGAGAGCAUACACAAGAAGACAUUGUAGAAAAGAAGGAAGAGAUUCUUAUUAUCUCGAGAAAUAGAUCCCAUAUUUUACCAUCAUUCAAUGAAACUCAUGCUCUUCCAAUGAGUUCAAGAACAAAAGGAAAAUUCAGCAAUUUAGAAAUGCUUGAGGCCAAACUGCAACAAGCACGAGCUGCAAUUAGAGAAGCAAAAAAUGGGAACCAAAUGAAAGACUCAGACUACAUCCCAACAGGUCCAAUCUACUUGAAUUCGAACGCGUUUCACAGGAGUUAUUUGGAAAUGGAAAAGCAGCUCAAGGUGUUUGUGUAUGAAGAAGGAGAGCACCCUAUUUUUCACAAUGGUCCUUGCGGGAGCAUAUAUUCUGUGGAGGGAUAUUUCAUUCAUAACUUGGAGAUUUCAAAUUUUCGAACAAGGGAUCCUGACAAUGCGCAAAUUUACUUCCUUCCGAUUAGCGUGACAUCCAUAGUUCACUUUAUUUAUGACAAGAAUAUUAAACAUCGUUGGCGUCCAAUGAAGCAAACUGUCAAGGACUAUGUUGAUCUUAUUGCUGGGAAAUAUCAGUAUUGGAAUCGAAGUCUUGGGGUCGAUCACUUCAUGCUUUCUUGCCAUGAUUGGGGUCCUGAAAUUUCGAAAUCUGUUCCCGAGCUAUUCAAGAACUCAGUUAGGGCUUUAUGCAACGCAAAUACCUCGGAAGGGUUUGAACCCUCAAAAGACGUGUCAAUUCCCGAGAUCAAUUUACCCGGUGGUAGAAUGAAUGGUUUGAUUGGUGGUCCUUCUCCAUCAAGACGACCAUUUUUGGUUUUCUUUGCCGGAGGCCUUCAUGGUCCUAUUAGGCCAAUUCUUCUAGAGCAUUGGGAAAACAAGGAUGAAGAUGUCCAAAUCCAUAAGUACCUUCCAAAGAAUGUCUCUUACUCUGCAAUGAUGAGAAAGAGCAAGUAUUGCUUAUGUCCAAGUGGCUACGAAGUUGCAAGUCCAAGAAUGGUCGAGGCAUUAUAUACCGGUUGUGUUCCUGUACUCAUUAAAGAUCACUAUGUUCCACCAUUCAGCGAUGUUUUGAACUGGAAGUCCUUCGCCGUCAUAAUGCCAAAAGAGGAUAUUCCGAACAUGAAGAAAAUUCUAACAGCAAUUUCGACGAGACAAUACAUACGAAUGCAAAGAAGGGGAAAACAAGUGAGAAGACAUUUCGAGGUUAAUGUCCCUCCAAAGCGAUACGAUGUCUUUCACAUGAUACUUCAUUCAGUCUGGCUUAGAAGACUCAACAUUCAACUUCUUGGGUUAUAA